CUAAAUUAAAUUAAGUAUAAAAUAUUAAUAAUUAUUAUAAAAAGUUAACAUUGAUUAAUUUUUACUGAAUAUCUACAUGGCAUUCGGUUUAAGUUCGUAUUGAAUUAAUGGUUGUGCUACGACGUCUCACGUGGGCUCACGAUUUAUUGCAGCAAUUCAAACGUCAGCGCCACUAUUGGAGAAAUAUGGAUUCUUCACUAUUAGAACCACCAGCGAGCGUGCGCGGCAUGCUUGAAUUGCAGCGUGAUGCAUUCAAAAAGCCUGUACAAUUACCACGUUUACGAGUGCCAGAAACGGAAUCAAAUAAAGUAUUACCACUGGUUAAAAAGUUGCUGCUGAAGAUGGAGAGAUUGCGACCCGUACGGGUGUUAAAUGGAGAUGUAGCGCCGAUGCGCGAAAUAUUACUGCAUCCAUUAGCAGUGAAAUCAUGGGAUUGUCUACCAACUACAGAACUUUUAAAACUAAAAGUCGAACCCAGUAAUUUCUCUUACGACGAAUUGGUACUUAACUAUGAUAAUUGGCGGGCGGAUGAAAUUUUCAAGAGCGUGUUACCGGUAGGUGAUGAGGGCCUUACAUCUUAUUCGCGUAUCGGACACAUAGUACAUUUAAAUCUAAGAGAUCACUUAUUGCCUUACAAAACCCUAAUUGGUCAAGUCUUAUUGGACAAAGUGCCCGGUUGUCGCACGGUCGUAAAUAAGGCAGCAACAAUUGAUAAUACUUAUCGCAACUUUCAGUUGGAACUGAUUUGUGGUGAAGCGCAGUAUCAAGUGGAGACCAAAGAAAACGGUGUGCUGUUUGAGUUUGACUUUUCGCGAGUAUACUGGAAUCCACGCUUAUCCACAGAGCAUGAAAGAAUCACAAAAAUGCUUAAUGCAAAUGAUGUGCUCUACGAUGUUUUCGCCGGUGUUGGUCCAUUUAGUGUGCCGGCUGCUCGAAAAAAAUGCUGGGUACUAGCAAAUGACUUAAACCCAGAGAGUUACAAGUGGUUACAGCACAACGGUAAACGCAACAAAUGUUUGGCGCACAUGAAAACUUUCAAUAAAGACGGACGCCAGUUUUUGCUAGAAGAUGUGAAACCUGAUUUAUUGAAAAGGUGGAAAGAGCAAGCAACUGCAGAUUAUAGCAUUCAUAUAACAAUGAAUUUACCUGCGAUGGCGGUGGAAUUUCUUGAUGCUUUUCGUGGUUUUUUAAACGACGAGGAAGCGAAGGAAUUUUUGAAUCAGCAAUUAGAGUAUCCAACAGUACACGUUUAUUGUUUCGCAAAAGGCGAGGAUACGAAAGUACUGGCGCGUGCCUUGGUUGAAGACAAUUUGGGUUUACCGCUAACGAACAAUUUAGAAGGCAUUUAUUUCGUGCGCAAUGUGGCGCCAAAUAAGGACAUGUACAGAGUAUCAUUUCGGCUCACGAAUGAAAUUUUGACUACGCCGAUUGCCAAAAAGACUGCUGAACAAAUACAGCGAAAGCGUGCUGCCUCCGAAUUAGAGGAAGACUCAAAUAUUGCCAACAAAGUAAAAUGCAAUUGAAAGUUACUUUAUUUUAAGCACAAAUUGAAUAAAUAUUUGUUUAAUUUUAAUAUAA